ACGCGUCGCGCAUCGCGUUCAAAUAUUGUUCGAUUAUGGCCGUUCAGUUGACCUCCAUGUAAGUAGGACAUUCUACCCAAAACACAUUAUAACUAAGCGGCCUGCUCACAUACAGAAUCGGUGGACUAUUGCGUUCUCUUCUCAGGCUUUUGAAAUCUGGUUGAAGGAACUACUUACACUAUGCUGGCCGUCUGCACCUCUUCCACGCUCACGCUUCUUGAUUCUCCUACCAUUAAACGUUCACCUACGGUGGUCAGCCCAACAACUACUCUUGACUUACCAUCUGUUAUUACCUGGUCCCCGGACAACUCUUUCAUCUUUGUAUCUCAGGGCAAUACCAUCCACAAGCUCGACCCUGCAGGAAACCACGUUGGCACCAUCUUUGAAACGAACCAUCCUGUAACUGCUAUUACAUGCAGAGAUAAAGGAAACACUGUUAUCUUUAGCAGCCAGUCCGAAAUCGUUAUCUUGGAAACACAUUCGAGCAAAGUCGUUCAGAAGAUUGACUCUCAUAAGUCGCCUAUCGUUUCACUCUCGUUAUCGAAUGACACCACGCUCCUUGCCUCAACGUCUACAGACUCUGUACUUGUACAUAAUCUGACUCUCGCAUCUCACACUGUUCUCCGAGGUUUACCUUCUGGAGAGAUUACGACAUGCACUUUUCACCCACAUAUACGAACGCGCCUCCUCCUCGCUAUCGAUACUCAGGUGGCCAUCUACGACACAUCUAGGCCCUCAAGUCAUGCAAGGAUUAUUUCCGUGGACAAGGCUAAAGGCCACAUUGUCGCUAUUACCUGCAGCCCUUUUAGCAAAAGCCUGAUUGCUGUUGCAUGCAGCGGAGGGACAGUUGGUCUUGUUGACCUUGAUAAGGAGAAAGGCUUGCUCCGAAGCCUGUCGCUUCGAGCACCUUUAACAACCUUAGCCUUCUCCCCAGAAGGCGCUUCAUUGUAUGCAGGCACUGAGAAUGGAAAAAUUCUCGUACUUGACCUACGUACACUUGACAAACCACCCAAAACUAUCUCCAUCAGCCAGGGAGGGGAAAGCGUAGUAUGCAUGGCUGUACAGAGGAAGCUUAAAUCAGGGCAAGGUCCAAAGCCGUCAACAGUGAAGCCUCUCGCCCCGCAGGAUGUGAAUAAGACACCUAUCCGUCGAGCAGCUGGCGCGAGCACUGAGAAGAAGCCCCCAGUCCCUACGAAACUAAAGCCUGCGUCGGCCAUCUCUCCUCCCCGUAGUCGGACCACUUCUGUUACCUCAGCAUCGACAAAGCCUCGGAGCACUAGCGCGACGAAUUUGACACUAACUCCACGGCCUCCCAUACGAACGCGAACUAUUUCGAGUAUCGGCCCUACGUCACCUAGUACACGAGCUGUCAGUACCCCAGCAAGGCCAGCCACUGUGGUUGGACGAGCCUCAAUGACGAUGAAACCGUCGAAUUCGUCUGAGUCUAAUACCGGCAGGAGUCUCAAAGCUACAAAGUCUGCCGCAGAUGGAAAACUGGAUGUUUCUAUCUCUGCUGAGGACCUGCUUGAUCUCCCAAAAACGCGGAAGGAGAAUGUAAAUCCAAAGACAGACAGCAGACGGACCCGUACUACUUCAAUGACGUCUCGUGUCUCAGCAGGUUCGGGUGCACGUCAACGUACUGUCUCAUCUACGUCUCGCACGUCUACUUCCUCACGAACAGCCUCCGGUACGAGCAGUAGUGCAGUUUCCACAUCAACGGCCAAGACUUCCCCUACUCUAGGAAAGAAACCCUCUAUCGACCCCGUUUCACCUAUCCCGCCCGUUCCAAAGCUGCCCGCUGCUUUCCAUGAAGAGCAGCUGACCUCGAUCAGGUUUUCUGAGUCGCGUUCUCCCAGCCCUGAUCUUUUUAUACCUGAUAACAUUCCGGUCACUCCUUUGCCCAAGAAGAAUAAAGGCAAAGCAAGGGAGAUGGAUGCCGGUCUGAAUAUCUUGGGAUUGGGUACGCCUGAAGUUCGCAGAUGGGUCGAAGCUGGGGACGAAGAGAAAAAGGAAGGCCGACGGGUAGGAUUCGCUGAGGAUUCUACCGCACCAGUAGCCUCAAGUUCAGGCUCGCGCUCAGACCACAACUCGCCAGGUAGCGAUGACACAGGUCCACAACUUCAAGAGGCUAAGAUCGAACUCACGGUUCAAAUUUCGCCUCGUCGACCGCUUCCCCAAACAAAAGCAUCGUCGACAUGGACGGCCGUACCCUCGCCGCUCCGUAAUUCUCAUACCUCACAUUUGAACGAUGGUCCAUCAACUGCUGGUCAACCCGGACCAUCGUCAAACCCAGCUCACGAUCUGCUUCAUACGCUCAUUCGCGACGCUUUGUAUGAUUUCCGAAGGGAAACUAAAGCCGAGAUCAUUGGUCUGCAUCUGGAUUUGGUACGCAUGGGAAGAAGUUGGAGGAAAGAGAUGAAGGAGGCGAUGGAGGAGUGGGGAGAGGAGUUGAAGGAAAUUAGGGAUGACAAUAGGCGGUUGAGGGAAGAGAAUGAGAGAUUGCGGAGAGGUUAUUGAUUCUUGACUGGAUCCUGCCGGUCACACCAAUUCUUAGAUGAUAGUCUAUGUUAUUGUAUGUCCUGAUGAUACCUUGACGAUCCUGCAACGACCUUACGAUAUUUGCUUUCACCUUGUUGUGCGUUGAAGCGUUUCGCGCUGGGCGUCCUCAUCGACAU